AUGGCAAAAGUACCGACACAUCAAUUGGGUAAAAAUGGUCCACAAGUAUCAGCUCUUGGAUUUGGAGCUAUGGGUUUAUCAAUAGGACGUGGAACUGUUCAAUCAGAUGAAGAACGAUUCAAAGUAUUUGAUCGAGCAAUUGAACUUGGAUGUACUUUUUUUGAUAGUGCUGAUAUGUAUGGAGAUAGUGAAGAUCUUUUAGGAAAAUAUUUUAAAAAAUAUCCUGAACAACGUAAAAAGGUAUUUCUUGCAACAAAAUUUGCAAAUGUUGUCUCUCCUGGUUGGAAAAGCUUUUCUGUUCGUGGUGAUGCUGAAUAUGUUCGUCAAGCAAAUGAAAAAACUUUAAAACGUCUUGGUCUUGAUUAUGUUGAUCUUUAUUAUGCACAUCGUAUUGAUAAAACAGUUCCAAUUGAAGAAACAGUUGGUGCAUUGAAAGAACUUGUUGAUGCUGGUAAAGUUAAAUAUCUUGGUUUAUCUGAAUGUUCAAGUGAUACACUUCGACGAGCAUAUGCUGUUCAUCCAAUUGCUUGUGUACAAAUUGAAUAUUCACCAUUUAGUUUAGAUAUUGAACGAGAUGAAAUUGGUUUAUUGAAAACAUGUCGUGAACUUGGCGUAGCUAUUGUUUGUUAUUCACCUUUGGGUCGUGGUCUACUCGGCGGACAAAUUAAAAGUCCAGAUGAUUUAGAAGAAGGUGAUUUUCGAAAAAUGUUACCGCGUUUUUCUAAAGAAAACUUUCCUAAAAAUAUUGAAUUAGUUAAUCAAUUAACAGCAUUGGCUAAAGAAAAAGGUUGUACUAUUGGUCAGUUAACAUUGGCAUGGAUACUUGCUCAAGGUGAUGAUUUUAUUCCAAUACCUGGUACAUCAAAAAUAAAAAACUUAGAAGAAAAUGCAGGAGCAGCUCAAGUUAAAUUAAGUAAAGAAGAAGUUAAAAAAAUUCGUGAUGCUUGUGAAAAAGCUGAUGUUCAAGGUGAUCGUUACCCUCCACAAUUUAGUGCUCACCUAUUUGGUGAUUCCGCUCCAAAGAAGAACUAA